AUGGUGGCCCCCGCGGCGGCCGACGUGCCGCCCCCCACCAUGCCCGUCAAGAUCUUCUCCGCCGGGGUGUCCGCCUGCUUGGCCGAUAUCAUCACCUUCCCGCUGGACACCGCCAAAGUCCGGCUGCAGGUGCAAGGAGAAAGCCCCAAUGCUCCUGGCGUUAAGUACAAAGGGGUGCUGGGAACCAUCGCCACGGUGGCCAAGACAGAGGGACCCCUGAAACUCUACGGUGGGCUCCCCGCGGGCAUCCAGAGGCAGAUCAGCUUUGCCUCGCUCCGCAUCGGCCUCUACGACUCCGUGCAGGAAUACUUCAACAUCCAGAAAGACGCCCCUGCAACUUUAGGAAACAAGAUCACAGCUGGCCUCAUGACUGGAGGUGUGGCAGUUUUCGUCGGGCAGCCCACCGAAGUGGCCAAGGUCAGGAUGCAGGCACAGAGCAAACUGCAUUGGUUCAAGCCCCGUUACACGGGGACGUACAACGCCUACUAUGUGAUCGUGACCACGGAAGGCAUCCUCGGGCUGUGGAAAGGGACAAGUCUCAACCUGACAAGGAACGUCAUCAUCAACUGCACGGAGCUGGUGGUAUAUGAUGUCCUCAAGAACGCCCUGGUGAAGAACAACCUGCUAGCAGAUGAUGUGCCCUGCCACUUCGUGUCGGCGCUGGUGGCUGGGUUUUGCACAACGGCGUUGUCUUCUCCUGUGGACGUGGUGAAAACCAGAUUCAUCAACUCCCCACCGGGCCACUACCCGAGCGUGAAAAGCUGUGCCCUCAACAUGCUCAAGAAGGAAGGCCCCUCGGCUUUCUUCAAAGGAUUCAUGCCCUCCUUCCUGCGACUGGGAUCCUGGACCGUCAUUAUGUACGUGUGCUUUGAGCAGCUGAAGAAAGAACUUAUGAAGUCCAGGCAGACCGUGGACUGCAGCACAUAAUCCCUUCCACCCACAAGGGAGCU